CUUGAGUCUUGACUUCCUCCUUGUUGCCUCCCUGUGAGGGUUCCCAUUGCAGCCUUGCAGUAGUUAUAAAGGCAAUCUGUAAAUUUUCUGGUUGAGCACUGAAAAUUGAGGGGUGGGAAGUCCCUCUCAUUAACUUGUGAUGGAUUAUUUUCAAAGUGACCCGCAGACUGUCUUAGGACCAUGACUUUGCAGCUUUCAAUGGAGGUAAAGGAGAGCCAACAGGUGAAACUUGUGUUCUCCGAGCAGCUCAGCAGACUGCAAGCAAAACAACAUCAGGACACUGAACUGCUUGAGGAAAUCAGGUGCUUCAGUAAGCAGCGAGCAGCCAUCGAGAAGGAGUAUGGUCAGGCUCUCCAGAGGUUAGCUGUCCAGUACCAGAAAAGAGACUGGCAGAGAGGAAAUGCAGAUGCUGUCACUUCUGGGAGUGUGUUUGGUGUAUGGCGAUCAGUGGUUGAUGCUACAGCUUUUUCUGCUGCGUCUCGACUCGCUGCUGCAGAGGAAUACAGACGACUGAUUGAACAAGCUUCCAGAAGUCUCCGCAAUGCAAAGGACAUACGAACCAAGAGAGGCCUGGACCAUCUUCAGAGGGUACAAGGUGAGAUGGUGGAUGCCCUACGGGAGCUGCACAGGAUCAAGAAGAGCUACUUUCAACUCAGUCACAUUGCCAAUGUCGCCAGGGAGAAAGCUGCAGAUGCAAAGAACAGAGCCAGAAAGAGUGAACAUGGGAUUUUUCAUUCCAAAGCAGGACUCCAAAAGAUGACUGCAAAGCUCAGCGCCAGACUGAGAGAGUGUGACAACCGUUUGACUGAAGUUCGCAAUGAGUAUCUGCUGGCGUUAGCAGCAGUCAACGCCCAUCAUCAACACUACUAUUCUAACGACCUGCCACGUAUCAUGGAGCUUAUGGAUGGUGAUGUUUAUGAUGACCUGAGGAGCCAUUUUACUCUGCUGUGUGGGAUAGAGAUGGACUCCUGUCUGAACACACACAAACAGUAUAGCCACAUAUGGGAAAGCAUUACUAAGGUGACCAGAGAGAGAAACAUUCUGCAGUUUCUUCAAGAGUCCGUCUCCUUCAGUAAAGUACCUGAGUUCACCUUCCAGCCAGCUCCGUGUGACAAGUUUUCUGCUCUGCAGGAGGUUCAUGCUCCUGAGGCAGAGGGCUGUCUGGUUAAAGAGGCCAAGAAAUGGGCUACAAAGGUGGCGAAAGACUACAAGAUCAUAACACAUGGAGAGAGGGCUCUGCAGAUGUUAGAGAGUCGUCUUAAGCUCCUGUCAGGGGAGACGGUGCUCAACGUGGAGCAGAAGAUAGCAGAGGUGCAGGACAGCGUCAGGAAAGCAAAGCUCAGCAGGGUAAAGGCUGAGGCUCGUCUCGCUCUGUUGUCAGAGAGCAUCACAGGAAUUGAAACGUGGCUUUGCAACGCCAUGAACCAGGCCGAGGUGGAGCUGGAGAGAGAGAGACGCCUCAGUGAGCAGAGGAAGUCUACAGAGGACUUUUCAGAGGAUGAGUUUGAGCUGACAGACUUUGAGGACUAUGAUGACGAGAACGAAGAUAUCUUUGCAGAUCCAGUGUCGGCAUCUGGAGUUUGUGUUUACCCUGCAGCCUGCAAAGUCAUCUACAGCUAUGAGGCAAGCCAAUCAGAUGAGCUGUCAAUCAAUGAAGGGGAGGAGCUUCAAGUGGUUGAGGAUGGAGACAUGGAGGACUGGCUGAAGGUGUGUAACUCGUGUGGUCAGGUGGGUUAUGUUCCUGAGCGUUACGUGCAGUUCUUGUGUCUGCCAGCAGAGGACAUCACUCAGCUGGACAGCUCUUUUAGUUCCACGUCCUCCAGUGGGAACAAAGACAGGGGUAGAGGUGUAGCCAGAGCUCUGUACUCCUACCAGGCUCAGAGUGCAGAGGAGCUUUCCUUCCAGGAGGGGGCCCUCAUCCGACUGAGACGCUGUCGACAUGGAGAGGUGGAUGAUGGGUUUUGGGAGGGAGAACUAAAUGGGCGGAUUGGUGUCUUCCCCUCACUAGUGGUAGAGCUGGUCCAUAACGAAGGGGAGGAGGAGGAAGACGAAGGGGAGUCCCUCCCAACCCCAACCAUGCCUCUCUUCUCUCCCCCCAUCCCCAUCACGUCUGACCUCACUUGUAGUUCAGCUGUUAGUACCACUCCCCCUAGCGGUGUAGAGGACAAACAGCAGGCCUUUCCUCCAAGACCUACAGAGGACACAGUAGCAGAGACUGAGGGCAGUGGCUGCAACUCUCCAGAUCUCUUCAGGGGUCGGCUUAGACCAUGUCGACCUCCUCCUCCUCCUCCAACACAGGAGCCUCCUCUUCAGCCCUAACACAAGGACUCUAUGUUUGGACAAAAGAAACACUGGCUUUGUGACUUAUAUUUGUAAUUUUCAAAUGUUCAGCAGAUCACUAAUUAUUCAUGUGCAUCGCAUGUGUAGGGGUUAGCGCUGUUGUCCACAAGAAGGUUCCUGGUUCUAAUCCUGGUCAAAAAAGCCUCAAAAGUCACAAAAUCUGUUGACACAACUUGCUUUUCACUUUUUUGGCAUUAUCUUUAACUUGUUUAGAAUUUGUCAUGAGUUAUGUGGAGAAAACAGGCAUGCAUGUGAAAAAUUACAUCCUCUCAAAUCCCUUUUAAUAAGCAGCUGUUAGCAGAUUGUCUGUCCAUUAAGUGUUGAAUAUUCAGGGUUACCCUUACUGAAAUUCAUAUUUUGCACAAACCUUUCCAAUUUUGGAUUUCUGUGCUUGAUGUGUCUGUGCCAUGCAUCUUGUGUUUUUAUGUAUAUUCCAUAUCAUAAUGGAUUAAAUCUGAUGUAUUACUGAAGUUUAUGAUUUAUUUUAGGUGAGCUUAUUUAUGAAUUUUUAAAAAGUGUGCAUGCGUGUGCUAACAGGAUCACUGACUCAUGUCAUAUAUGUGGACAAACACUCUCACACAGGUUUAAAAAUCAUAUAUUUGAUCAUUUAUUUCAUUAAAGUCAAGUUUGAUACAUCAAUAUGUUUACAUUUAUUUUCUCACAUCAACUGGAAACACUGAAGGUUCAGGACCCAGCAGGUUAAAUACAUUUUACAUGAUUUGAUCAACCCAUCUGACUAAAAUGGAGAUAUAAAGUUAUUUUGAGACACUCAAAUAUAGAGCCUCUGAAGUGUUUUAGCAUUUUUUUAAUGAUGGCUCUUUAUGAAUUUGUUAUUGUGUAUAUUCUGUUGGUCUGUGUUAUGUUUUACAUAUUGCCAUUUUGGAAGCACUCGAUUUUUUAAAUGAAACAUUACUUCUUCACUGUUAUGGCAAGCUUACCCAGAUGUAUUUAUCAUUUGUCCCAUCAUCACAAAAUAGACAUCAUCAUGUUUUCAUGUGCUGUGUCAGCGCUGUGACAUGAAAAAAUAAAGCAGAAAUAAAAACUAAAGUGAUUAAGCAGUCAACUAGAAUGAUAAGAAACAAUGAGGUGUAUUCAUAGAUUGUCAUACAUUUAUACUGAUGCUGGUAGGUGGAUACAGUUUGAAUCUUAAGGAUUAUUUUCCUAAAUAUUAAAAUUAUUAUUAUCACCCCUGUGUCAGUGAUCCACGGCUGAAGGUAUUAUGCUUUCAGAUUGUCAAUCUGAUAGCAUACAUGAUUAAAGAUUUUAAAAACAUAGCUGGUACAAAAAAUGCCUCUAUAUUUCCAUCACCUCAUAAUUUAUAGAGAUCACAGACUUCACAUCUUAAGAGGAAGGCCUUCAAAUGCAAGUCAUUAACUUUUUCUCUUAAACUUCAUUUGUUGCUCCAUUUACAGCAGGAUAGUAAGAAUGUUGAAUGGUUGUAGACUUCCAAACAUACAGGAUUAGAAUUCAGUCUUAAAAUCAUGUUGCUAUUUUCCAAAAAAAAUCCUAUGCUAGUGAGAAGUGUGAAAUAUUUCC